CCGCCCCCCCUUCCCCCUCCGAGACGGGCGGGUGGGCACAUGUUUUCAUUCCCUUCCCUUCGGCCUUGUCCGCCCUCCCCUUUCCGUAUUCUCCCGGCGCGAAGGAAGCCGAGAGUAGACAGGACGAGAGACGGGAGAAGGACAGAAGAGGAAAAGAAAAUUGAAAAAGGACAGGACAGGACGGGACAGGACAGGGACAGCCGAAUUCCUACGGGAGUGGGACCACCAUUAGUCCGCUGCCACUGUUUCUGCUGCUGCUGUUAUGCUUGCUGCUGCGCCGUGGGGAUCGGCUUCCUGGACGAUCUACCACCAACCGACGUGGCCUCGCGCGCCCGGGGCUGGCCUGCAACUGGUAGGGAUGGGAUUCCUACCGAUCGUGGCACGCAGAACGAGCCUCCCCACCAGCACCACCACCACUACUGCAAACCCGUCUACUCCUCUUCCUCCUCCUCCUCCUGCUUCUGCUGCUGCCGGCCCAUCCUUCCCCCUCGUGUGGCGUGGCGUGGCGCAUAGGAGGUACGCUUGUAGGCAGGUAAGCAUUUCGCAAUCGCGGUGCGCGCUCUCGAAACCACCGUCCCGGGGUUCCCUUCCGCCAAGGGAAGAACGAAAAGAAAAUAAAAGAGAGAGAGAGAGAAGAAGAGGAAGAAGAAGAAGAAAAGAUAAGGAAAAAAUUAAAUCCUUCCUUCCUUCGUCUAGAAGGGGAGCUACUAGAGGGAGAGGCACGAAAUCAGGGUUUCGCUCGCGCAAUGCAGCGUAACAACGCUGGCGUCCGCACGUAUAUACCUAUAUUUAUACCUGCGAUGCCCUUAUCUCCACGGGCCGGGCCCCGUGCUGCUACUCCUGCUGCGGAGAUCUCGCUGCCUGGUGCGAGACUGCC